AUGCAAUCCAUGUAAUUGGUGGGAUAAUGUCGAAAUCCAAUUUCAAAGGCAACUCAGAAAUUACCAAAAGACAGGUCCUCUGAGGAUUAGCAGUGCUUGUCCAUCCAAAUAACAAGAUAGAUUGGCAGAACCCAAAAAACAGUUACAGAUUAAGUAAAGGCCUCAUACUCCCAAUAUCAAACAAGCACACAAAAUCUAUCAAUCUUAUCAAACUCUGAAAUACUAAAGCAAAGCUCGCAACAUAAGGUACAAGACACAUAAUGA